AUGUGUGGCCUUGCGGAGAACGAUAUCGAUAAAAUACUAGAGUGUCUAGAUUCAGAUGAACAACCCUACAGUGACAGUGGAAGUGAAUUUCAACCUACUAACAGUGUAGCCAGUAGCGAAGACGAGAUUGAUCAAAUGUUGUGCGCCGAAAGACACAGCGACAGUGAGAAUGAGCAAACUUGCGGCAAAACUGCCUCAAUUGAUAUAGAUAGCGAUAUAGACAGUAAUUAUAAUCCCAGUUGUUCAAAUACUGAGUCUUCAGUUCCUCCAGAACCACCAACGAUAUUAGACCAAUACGGAAGAUUACUGAAUGGCACUGUUGGUCCACACGACGAAGGAGAUGACAUCACAAUGAAAUGUAGGACCGUCGGAGGUCACCCGCAGCCAAUCGUAAGGUGGUUGGUGAAUGGUUUAAUAGUUGACGAUCACUACGAACACAAUGCCGGUGACGUUAUAGAAAAUGUGCUAGUAUGGCCUUCAAUCAGUAGGAGAGAUCUUGAUGCUCUAUUUACGUGCCAAGCUGUCAAUACCAAACUCACAGAACCAAAAGAAGCGUUUGUGGUUUUGGAUUUGCGAUUACCACCGUUAACUGCAACAAUUCUCAAAACUGAAAGUCCUUUAGUAGCUGAUAAACGUUAUGAAGUCACUUGCGAAUCGGCUGGAUCUCGUCCCCCAGCGAUUAUAACAUGGUAUAAAGGAAAACGACAGCUUAAAAGAACUAAGCAAAGUUAG